AUGUGUGGUUUUCGAAAUGACGAACUGCUUGAUCGACUGGAGAGGAGUCUAUACGACAAAGCCCUGAACGCGGUUAAAAGUCUGCUUUUGCAUCCGGACAACGUUCCGGUGAUCAUAAGCCGAUUGAAAACCCUUUUUGGAAAUCCGGAGUCCAUAGUGGAAACGAUGGUGCAUAGAGUCAGGAUGAUGCCACCACCAAAGGCUGACAAAAUGGAAACGAUUGUCGAUUUUGGUGUUGCCGUGCAAAACUUGUGCGCUACAAUACAGGUGUGCCGAAUGGAUGAGCGGUUCUACAACGUUGCUUUGCUGCAAGAGCUUGUGGACAGCUUACCGUCAACCUUAAAAAUGAAUUGGGCAUUCUAUCGGAAACAGAGUGGAGCAUGUACAUUGCUGGAUUUUAACGAAUGGCUCGGACAAAUGGUGGAGGCUUUAAGUCAAGUGAUCAGACCGCACGUGUGGACUAAAUCGAACAAACUCGAGAAGAGAGGCCGAAACGAAGAAGCGCAUAUCCACCUGCACUCUGCAACCCCGCCUAGAGAAGAAAACCGCACAGCGUGUUUGGCAUGCUCGAAAGAGUGCGAAGAUCUCGACAAAUGUAGUAGUUUUCUCAACAUGACGCCAAGUGCACGAUGGACGCUGAUCAAUCAAAAGAAGAUUUGUCGAAAAUGUUUGACCAAGCACUUUAAAACUUGUGACAGGAAAAUCCCUUGUGAUCAAAAUGGAUGUAGCUACCUUCAUCACCCGUUGUUGCACGACGACAGCAAACACGCGAGACAGCUGCCAAACAGUUCAUUGCAAAACACCUCUUGUAACACUCAUCACUGUUCGCUUGGGGGAGUACUGUUGAAGUACAUUAGAAUCACGGUACAUGGAAAGGAGAAAUUCAUUACCACCUACGCCUUCCUUGACUCAGGAUCGACCUCCACUCUGAUGGAACAUAGUCUGUGGGAGGAGUUGAAUCUUAACGACGAGAAAACUCCGUUGUGUAUGUCUUGGACUGGUGGUCAAGGCAGAUACGAAGAAGAAUCGGUUAAAUUUGCGAUUGACAUCGCGGGUUCCCAAACUCCCACUCAACGCUUUCAUCUGUCGAAGGUACACACAGUACGAAGCUUAGAUCUUCCUUCUCAAUCGAUAGCGAUUUCGGAUCUGGUGAAACAUUACGGACAUCUCUCUGGUCUUCCUAUCGCAUCCUAUGCUGAAGUUAAACCGCGAAUCCUGUUGGGUGUAGACAACACUAGGUUGGAGUAUCCACUCGACUCAAGAGAAGGGAGUGAAAAUCAGCCUACCGCCGUAUUGACUCGACUAGGUUGGCUAGUUUACGGUCCGUGCUCAGUAGUAAAACCAUCAACGUCCAGCAGCGAUAGUACGUACAGCUAUCACAUCUGCCAGUGCGAUGCGUUGAACUCUACUGUUAAGAACUAUUUCUCCCUGGAUAGCCUCGGAGUUCAGCUUACUGGGAAGUCGCUGAUGUCAAAAGAUGAUGAACGGGCGAUGACGUUACUGCAGUCGAACACGAAGCAACUAGGAAGAAAAUUCGAGACCGGUUUACUGUGGCGGUAUGAUGACAUCCAGCUGCCAGACAGUAAACCUAUGGCUUUGAAGCGUCAUGAGUGUUUGGCCAAGCGCUUGGUACGGGAACCAGAAUUGGCAAGAGUUCUCCAGGAGAAGAUAGCGGACUACAAAGCGAAAGGAUAUAUUCGAAAACUUUCGAAGCAAGAAGAAGCAAUGCAUAAGGGACGCUCGUGGUACCUGCCGAUCUUUCCAGUUGUAAAUCUCAAUAAACCAGGAAAGCUUCGCAUGGUUUGGGACGCAGCAGCCAAGCGAUUUCGUGAGUAUCGUAUAGCGGUCUCAGGGGAUAUUCGCGAGAUGUUCCAUCAAUUGCAGAUCAACAACGAAGAUCAGCAUUGCCAAAGGUUUUUGUGGAAUGAUGGAAUCCUCAGCGAUACCCCAACGGUUUACAUCAUGCAGGUGAUGACGUUCGGUGCGAGUUGUUCUCCCAGCAGCGCACAGUACGUCAAGAAUCUAAACGCACGUCGAUUUAAGAACCAGUUUCCAGAAGCAGUGGAGGCGAUCUGUAACGGAACUUACGUCGACGAUAUGCUUUAUAGCGUCGAAUCGGAAGAAGAGGCGGUGAAACUGGCGCAGGAUGUACGGUUCAUACACGCUGAAGGAGGGUUUGAAAUCCGGGGAUGGUUGUCGAAUUCGAAAAAAGUUAUUGAUGUCAUGGGUGAUCACAGUUCUUCUCAAAAGGAUUUGAACAAGCCUGGGGAGCUAGCAACCGAGAAAGUUCUGGGCAUGUGGUGGGAUACUGUCAGUGAUACGUUCACAUUCAAAAUUCCGCAACGAUGCAAGCACGAGCUGUUAUCUGGACAGGAAGCCCCAACCAAACGGGAGGUGCUGCGAAUCCUCAUGUCAGUCUAUGAUCCGAUUGGGCUUCUCGCAAAUGUGCUGAUGUUCUUGAAAGUCCUACUUCAAGAUAUUUGGCGUUCUAAUGUUGGCUGGGACGAACCAAUAGCAGAUCAGCAACUCGAGAAGUGGAGAACAUGGCACAGUGUGUUACACAACGUCGAAACAGUUUCCGUUCCUCGGUGUUAUCGAACGAUGACAACGUCGUCAGCCAAAUCCAAUGAAAUCCAACUGCAUGUAUUCGUCGAUGCAAGCGAAAACGGAUACGCAACAGUCGCCUACUUUCGGUACGAAGAGGGCAACACGAUAGAGUGUGCCUUCGUCACUGCCAAAACUCGUGUAGCGCCACUAAAGUACGUUUCGAUUCCCCGACUGGAGCUUCAAGCAGCAGUGAUUGGAACACGCCUGGCGAAGGCGAUAGGAGAAACGCAUCGAAUAGCAGUACAAAAACGGUUUUUUUGGACUGAUUCGAGAGAUGUUCUUUGUUGGCUGCGUUCGGAUCACAGGAAAUACAGCAAGUACGUCGGCGCCAGAGUUGGCGAAAUUUUGGAAAACAGUGAACUUUCGGAAUGGUUCUGGGUUCCGACAAAAAUGAAUGUCGCAGAUGAAGGCACGAAGUGGCAAAGAAUUCCUGAUAUUUUGCCAUCAAGCCGAUGGUUUAACGGGCCUUUCUUCAUGUGGCAGCAGCGAAGUUCGUGGCCACCUCAGCCGAUGAAUCACGGAACUACCACAACAGAAAUCAACCAUUCGGUAAACCUUCAUGCUGUUCGAGUUCCAGUCAUUAACUUUGCUAAAUAUUCGAGCUGGCGAAAGCUUGUCCGAGUUGUUGCUUAUAUGCGCCGGUUUUACAGCAAUAUUCGGGCUAGAAUACAUCAGAGUACACCCACGAUCGGAAUCCUCAAACACAAGGAGUUAUCUGAAGCCGAAAACUUGAUCUAUAUACAAGCACAGCUAGAUGAGUUUAGUAAAGAAAUGUCCUUGCUAUUGCGUUCCAAGGAUGUGGACGGAAGAAAGGUAGCUCGUAUUCCCAAGCACAGUUCGAUCUACACAUGCUCACCGUUCCUAGACGAUAAUGGGGUACUUCGCAUGCUUGGAAGGGCGGCUGGUUGCCAAUUGAUACAGCCAGGCUCCGCUCAUCCUAUACUGCUACCGAAUAAACACCCGAACACACUUAUCGUACGUUUCUUUCAUGAGCGCUACCAUCACCUGAACCAUGAAACAGCAGUUAACGAAUUGCGCCAGAAGUACCGAGUCCCGAAGUUGCGAAGAGUCUGCUACAAGGUACGGCAAGAAUGUCAGACCUGUAUGAAUGCUAGGGCUCGUCCGCGACCGCCCAUUAUGGCUGACCUUCCGCUGGCAAGGCUUGCAGCAUAUUCUCGACCAUUUUCCUAUGCUGGUGUCGACUACUUUGGCCCGAUGCAGGUAGUCGUUGGUAGACGCGUUGAGAAGAGAUGGGGUGUACUCAUCACGUGCCUAGUAGUCCGUGCCGUCCAUAUAGAGAUCGCCCACACGCUUAAUAGCAGUUCCUGUAUCAUGGCGUUGCGGAACUUCAUGGCCAGGCGUGGAUCGCCUUUAGAACUAUUCAGUGAUCGUGGAACUAAUUUCGUUGGAGCAAAUCGUGAACUGACCGAAGCAAUUCGCUCUCUAGAUCAGGAGAAGCUCAUGCAAGAGCUCGAAACCCCAGAUACCAAGUGGACGUUCUUGCCACCGAGUAGCCCACACAUGGGUGGAAGUUGGGAAAGAUUGGUGCAGUCUGUUAAGAGAGUACUGAAUAAUAUGAAGCUUCCAAGAUUGCCAACCGACGAAGUUCUCAGGAACAGCCUCAUGGAGGUGGAGAAUAUCCUAAAUUCGCGGCCCUUAACUUACGUACCCAUCGAGGAUGUCGAACAUGAAGCCAUCACACCCAACCACUUUUUGUUAGGUUCAUCCAGUGGUUCCAAACCAUUACUUCCCUACGACGAAAGCCUCGCUACGCUAUCGAACUCUUGGAAAACAUCACAAACUCACGCGAAUUUGUUCUGGAAGAGAUGGUUACGAGAGUAUUUGCCGUCGAUAAAUCGCCGCACAAAAUGGCAUUACCCAGCUAAACCAAUCCAGAUUGGUGAUGUUGUCGUCAUUGUCGAUCCAGAUCUGCCAAGAAACACGUGGCCCAAAGGACGUGUUGUGGACGUCAAGCUGAAGGAUGGACAAGUUCGAAGUGCAACAGUGAGGACAACAGCGAACAUUUUCGAACGCCCAGCAGUCAAGCUGGCGGUUCUAGAUGUCGGUGCAACAGCGAAUACACAGGAACCCGGAGCCUGUGUACUGGGGGGGGGAGUGUUACGCAACAUGCGAACGCGCCUCCGUUUUCAAUUUACCCUCAACGAGGUCAGCCGCCCCAGCUGCAAGCGGGACAGCGGGUAA